CGAACUAUUAAUAUGAAGUGGCUGUCAGUUAUUUGCAUUUUGGGAUCCCUUUUGGCUUUUGCCAGUGCUUCUCCAUUAGCCCCUGGAAAUGUUAUAAUAAAAGGAGACUGCAACAAUUGUAAUGUACAUGGAGGAUAAAAUUUAAUAUUUCUCGUCCAUCUAUCUUUUUAUUAAAAAUGUUGAUAAAACUAUAAUCAUAUUGAUAUAAUUCA